AUGACAUCAGAUUACUUACCUCGCACAACCAAUUUUGAUACCCACAUGCGAAUGGGACAUCCUAUUGUCUUUUCGUUGAUCAUCUUCUGCAGUAUCAUCGUGCUUUCAAUCUCUGCGUGGCUCACCUCGUGUUUUACUGCGUACGACAACUACUUCAGUAUAGCUGAACGAGACCGCACUCGGUUUCUAUUGUUCACUUCAGCAUGGACGAUCGUAUUCUCCAGUCUCUACAUGCUUUUCUUCUUUUGUCUUCCGGGCAGUGUUUUGGGUAGCGUGGCAUCUCAUAUCUUCUUCCUGUUUUUAACAUUUGUUUUCUGGACUGCGGGCGCUACAAGUAUAACUAUACUUCUCGGUGAAGAGCUGAAUAGAAAUACCCAGGGCCAUAUCCUUUAUCUUGAUCAACUUAACGCACUACAAGGCUUUUCUUGGGUUACUGAGGCUCUUGUGACUUUUGCAUUAGUAGCUGUGCUCAUCUGUGGCAUUCUCGGUUCAGGCCAUCGUGACAAUCGUGACAAUAUCAUAGUACGAUUGAGCAAGGUGCCGAUUCGGAGCCUGCCAGAGAGUCAACCGCCGCCGCACUACUAUUAG